UGUCAGAGAGGGAGAGCAGGAGAAGACGAGUCUGAAGUGGAGGCUCACAAGAGCGAGAGCUCAAAGACAAAGCUGAGAAACUGGAAGCAGCUUUAUACAAGGUGCCUGAUGGGCUUCUUGCUAAACUGCCGAUUAUUUCAAUACAAAAGUACUGAACAGAUGAUGGAAAAGAUGUUCUAUAUGACCAACAUUGUAAACCAUAACAUUAUAAUAUAUAAUGUACAGAUGUCUGACAGUUUUGCUGAAUGCCAAGAAUUUAUUCAGAAGCAGGAGCAGGAGCUAAUGAGACUGAAACUGCAGCAUGCAUUAGAUAUAAAGGAAUUGCGAAGCCAGAACUUGCGUAACAUCUCCAGAUCUCCAGUCAGCAUACAGACUCAUCUUCCCCUCGCUCAGCAUAACGUUAAUGGCCUAAUGGCGAUGAGAGUCUCUGACCCCCUUGUGGAGCUGAAGAGUUUUGUAAGAGAGCUGCGUGGUGGGAUUGCAGAAGAGCAAGGACCACACACUACCUUGAGCUUCAGGAGGAGACCUAAGGAAGACCACAAAUCUAGACUGAGAGUCUCAUUCACAAAAAGCCGUUAUAGAGGAAAGCACCUUAGGGAAGGCUACAUCAAGGAAUGUAUAAACCGUCUAAACUAAAGUGUUAUUUAC